AUUACGGCAAAAAAUAAUAAUAAUUUAAUUCUCGAUUGCCUCGUCGUUAGUUUUUUUUCCCAUUUCCUCAUAUUUCUUCUUCGUCUUCCUCUUUCCCUUUCUCAUCUCACGAUUCCUUUCCUUUCCUAAUCCAUUCGAUUUCCUCUCUCUGCUUUUAUAUACUGCAAAUCAUCAUCCGUCAAUCCUAAUUCUCUCAUCUAUACGUUAAUCUCACCGAAUCAGAACAGAUCUAUUUAAUUGUUUUUUGUUUUGAUUUGUUACUUUCCAGGAAUUUGUAUUUUUUGUUCUCUCGCCGGAGUUUGAUUAUUAUCCCGAUCAUGGCGGAGGAACACAGACUCCAGGAGCCACGAUUAUGCGCCAAUAACUGCGGUUUCUUCGGAAGCACCGCCACGCAAAAUCUCUGCUCCAAAUGUUUCCGAGAUCUCCAGCACCAACAGGAAAACUCCUCCUCCGCCAAACACGCCCUUAACCAAACCUUCGCCGCCGCUGUUUCUUCAACUGUUGGUGGUGCUGCUUCCUCCUCCGUAUCACCACCACCGCCACCGCCACCGACUCCAUCGGAUCCCAAAACGAACCCGGAGAAACGAGCGGCGGCUGAGCCGGAAGAAGAGCAGACGCCGCCGCAAGAUCCGAAACGGUGUUUGACUUGCCGGCGGCGCGUGGGGAUCACGGGGUUCAGGUGUAGGUGUGGGUUCGUGUUCUGCGGGACGCAUAGGUACGCGGAGCAGCACGAGUGCUCCUUUGAUUUCAAGAGGAUUGGGAAGGAGAAGAUCGCUAAGGCGAAUCCGAUUGUGAAAGCAGAGAAGCUGGAGAAGAUCUGAAAAAAGAGUUUGUGUGGUGGUGUGUUUGGAGUUUGGUUUGAACUUUGAAAUGAAUGUAAAUUUAAUCAUCAGUUUAAAGCUUAUUUGAUUUCAUUUCUUCUCAAUUUGGUUUUAAAAUUUGCCUCCAUUGUUAUUGUAUUAAGCUUUCGUUUCAGAGCUCUUUCAACAAAACAGAA